AUGUUGAUGGAAGCUUUGGAGGCUAUUUCUUCAAAAUCGACCAAAGCUAAGAAAGCAAUUGUUGAUGCCCUAGGCAUGCCGGUACUUAUUGGAGCUGUAGUUGCUCCUUCCAAAGAAGGGAUGCAUGAAGAGGGAGGGCAGGCACUUCAGCUGCAUGCAACAAAAACAUUAGCAAAUAUUUGUGGUGGGAUGUCUGCAUUAAUACUCUAUCUUGGAGAGCUUUCCCAGUCCCCAAGAUUAGCUGCUCCGGUUACUGAUACAAUCGGAGCUCUUGCUUAUUCUCUUAUGGUCUUCAAUCAGAAUGAUGAUGAAGAAUCGUUUGAUGCAACAAAAAUUGAAAGUAUUUUAUUGAUGCUUCUAAAACCUAGAGAUGAUAAACUGAUUCAUGAACGCCUCCUUGAAGCUAUGGCCAGCCUAUAUGGCAAUGCUUAUUUAUCAGAAACAAUCGAUCAACCAGAAGCGAAAAGGGUGCUUAUUGGGCUUAUAACCAUGGCUAAUGGUGAUGCGCAGGAGUAUUUGAUACUUUCUCUGACACGCUUGUGCACUGAGGGAGUAAGUGUUUGGGAAGCCCUAGGGAAGAGAGAAGGAAUUCAGUUACUUAUCUCAUCACCGGGUUUGUCCAGUGAACAACAUCAAGAGUAUGCAGUUGAAAUGCUUGCAAUUCUGACUGAACAAGUUGAUGACAGCAAGUGGGCAAUCACUGCAGCAGGUGGAAUUCCUCCCCUUAUACAUUUAUUAGAAGUUGGAUCCCAAAAGGCGAGGGAAGAUGCAGCACAUAUUUUGUGGAACUUGUGCUGUCAUAGUGAUGAUAUCCGUGCCUGUGUUGAAAGUGCUGGAGCCAUCCCAGCACUCUUGUCGCUUCUAAAGAAUGGUGGAACAAAGGGGCAAGAAGCCUCAGCUAGGGCUCUAACAAAGCUAAUUAAGACUGCUGAUUCAGCCACCCUACAUCAAUUACUAGCUCUGCUCUUGGGAGAACCACCAAGGUCUAAGGCUGAUGUCAUCAAAGUUUUGGGUCAUGUGCUUUCCAUGGCAUCUCAUGUUGACCUUGUGAAUAAGGGCGCUGCUGCUAAUAAAGGGCUGAUGUCACUUGUCCAGGUUCUCAAUUCAUCAAAUGAAAAUGCCCAAGAGUAUGCAGCAUCUGUCUUGGCUGAUCUAUUCAGUACACGCCAUGAUAUUUGUGAUAGUCUUGCGACAGAUGAAGUUGUGAAUUCAUGUAUGAAACUCUUAACUAGCAAAACUCAAGGUAUUGCGACUCAGUCAGCUCGAGCAUUGGGUGCUUUAUCCCGCCCUACCCGGACCAAGACAACAAAUAAGAUGUCUUGUAUUGUAGAAGGUGAUGUCAGGCCUUUAAUCAACUUGGCCAAAACAUCAUCCAUAGAUUCUGCCGAGACUGCAAUGGAUGCCUUGGCUAAUUUGUUGUCAGAUCCUCAAAUAGCUGCAGAAGCAUUGGCGGAAGAUGUUGUUUCAGCCAUAACAAGAGUUCUAGGACAAGGAUCAUUAGAGGGUAAGAGGAGUGCAUCCCGUGCUCUUCAUCAAUUACUGAAGCAUUUUCCGGUAGGUGAUGUACUGACAGGAAGUACUCAGUUUCAAUUUGCUGUUCAGGCAGUUGUUGAUUCCUUAAAUGCAAUGGAUAUGGAUGGCUAUGAUGCUGCCGAUGCUUUAGAAGUUGUUUCUCUACUGUCUCGUAUGAAGCAUGGCAUGAACUCUAUGUAUCCACCAUGGUCUGCCAACCCAUCAAGCUUAAAGCCUCUUGUGCACUGCCUGUGUGAGGGACCUCCCUCAGUUCAAGAUAAAGCAGUAGAAAUUUUGUCUAGGCUUUGUGGGGAUCAACCUGUUGUUCUAAGUGACCUCUUGGUUUCAAAUUCACGAUCAGUUGGUGCGUUGGCGAAUAGAAUGAUGAAUUCUAGCAGCCUAGAAGUAAGAGUUGGAGGUAUAGCAAUGUUAAUUUGUGCUGCCAAGGAACAUAGAAUCUGGUCAAUGGAUGCACUCGAGGCAUCUGGAUACUUGAAACCUCUUAUUUAUGUAUUAGUUGAUAUGAUUAAGCAAAAUUCUAGUUAUUUUUCUCCUGAAAUCGAAGUCAGAACCCUCAGAGGUUUUAGAGACGGUUCAGCUUUUCGUGAUGGUGAUGAUUUUGACAUCCCUGAUCCAGCAACUGUCUUGGGAGGCACUGCCGCCUUGUGGCUGCUCUCAAUAAUUUCUUCCUUUCACCCAAAGAACAAAAUCAAUGUAAUGGAUGCUGGGGGACUCGGAGUGCUUUCUGACAAGCUUGCAAGAUAUACUUCCAAUCCUGAGGUAGGAUAUACAGCCGGCUUCCUUCUCUAUCAUUGUUUCAAGCUGUAUAUGUGUCUAGCUAACGAUCAUUUAAAUUAUGGUCCGUGUUUUUGUUUUCUUCUUAUUACUAAGUUAAUGAACUUCUGUAAGUUUCAUGGUCUGAACUUUAAAGAUGCAGGUCCAUGUGCAGAAAGAUCAUUCGACACUAGAAAUAACUUGCUUUCUUAUGAUACCAAUAAAUUACUCAUGGGUGAAGCUGGAGCACUGGAUGCUCUUACCAAGUACUUAUCUUUGAGCCCUCAAGACAUAGUUGAGGCAACUAUAUCUGAAUUAUUGAGAAUAUUGUUUAGCAACCCAGAUCUUGUCCGAUAUGAUGCAGCAUAUAGUUGCGUGAAUCAACUCAUUGCAGUUCUUCAUUUGGGAUCAAGAAGUGCAAAAUUGAGUGCUGCUAGAGCCUUAAGUGAACUGUUUGAUGCCGAGAACAUCAGAGAUUCUGAAGUGUCCAUGCAGGCAAUUCAGCCUUUGGCCGACAUGCUCAAUACUGCUUCGGAGAGUGAACUACAGGCUGCUCUAAGUGCCUUGAUUAAGUUGACUUCAGAAAAUAAUGCAAAAGCAGCUAUGCUGGCUGAAGUAGAAGGCAAUCCUCUUGAGAGUUUGUGUAAAAUUCUGUCCACUUCUGCUACUUUAGAAUUGAAGAGUGAUGCUGCAGAAUUAUGUUAUGUACUCUUUGGUAAUUCGAAAUUCAGAGAAAUGCCAAUUGCCUCCGACUGUAUAGAACCUCUUAUAUCACUCAUGCAGUCGGAUAAAGAGAUCUCAGUGGAAUCUGGGGUCUGUGCUUUUGAGAGAUUAUUGGAUGACGAACGACAAGCUGAAAUUUUAUCAGCUCAUGAUGUCGUUGGUCUUCUUGUUGGUCUGGUGUCUGGAUCAAAUGAUCGGCUCAUCGAAGCUAGCAUAUGUACCCUCAUUAAACUGGGAAAAGACCGAACCCCACUAAAGUUGGAUAUGGUUAAUGCUGGAAUAUUUGAAAAUUGCCUUGAGUUACUCCCCACUGCUUCCAAUUCACUGUGUUCCACUAUUGCUGAACUUUUCCGAAUCUUGACAAACAGCAGUGCAAUUGCAAAAAGCUCAGCUGCUGCAAAAAUCUUAGAACCUCUGUUUACGGUAUUGCUUCGGAGAGAUUUCGGUCUUUGGGGCCAGCAUAGUGCCUUACAAUCCCUUGUUAAUGUUUUAGAGAAACCACAAAGCCUUGCAACUUUGAAACUUACCCCUAGCCAAGUCAUCGAGCCUUUAAUUUCAUUUCUUGAAUCUCCAUCUCAAGCUAUUCAGCAGCUUGGUACAGAGUUGUUAUCUCAUCUUCUUGCACAAGAGCAUUUUAAGCAAGAUAUCACAACAAAAAAUGCAGUUGUUCCUCUAGUUCAGCUUGCAGGAAUUGGCAUAUUGAAUUUACAGCAAACAGCAAUUAAGGCAUUAGAAAAUAUCUCCUUAAGUUGGCCAAAGGCAGUUGCUGAUGAAGGUGGUAUUUUUGAGCUUUCUAAGGUUAUUAUUCAAGAUGAUCCUCAACCUUCUGAUGCCUUGUGGGAAUCUGCUGCAGUAGUUCUCUCCAAUCUUCUUCAUUCUAAUGCUGACUACUACUUCAAAGUUCCCAUUGUUGUCCUUAUAAAAAUGUUGCACUCGACUCUUGAGAGCACCAUUACAGUUGCGCUCAAUGCACUCAUUGUUCAAGAAAAAACCGAUGCUUCAAGUGCUGAACAGAUGGCUGAAGCUGGUGCCAUAGAUGCUCUGUUAGAUCUAUUGAGAUCUCAUCAGUGUGAAGAAGCAUCCGGUAAACUACUUGAAGCUUUGUUCAACAAUACCCAGGUACGGGGAAUGAAGGCUUCAAAAUAUGCAAUUGCCCCUCUAGCACAGUAUUUGCUUGACCCGCAAACAAGAUCACAAACAGGUAGACUUCUUGCAGCUCUUGCUCUUGGCGACCUCUCCCAGCAUGAAGGGCUAGCCCGAGCUAGCUAUUCUGUUUCAGCUUGCCAAGCAUUGGUAAGACUUCUAGAAGAUCAGCCAACAGAGGAAAUGAAAAUGGUUGCAAUUUGUGCAUUACAAAACUUUGUCAUUCGUAGCAGAACCAAUAGGAGAGCUGUUGCAGAAGCAGGUGGCAUAUUAGUAAUUCAAGAACUGCUACUGACUCCAUAUCCAGAGGUUGCAGCACAGGCAGCACUACUCAUCAAGUUUUUAUUUUCGAAUCACACGCUUCAGGAAUAUGUAUCAAAUGAGCUUGUCAGAUCUUUGACUGCUGCUCUAGAGAAAGAAUUGUGGUCCACUGCCACUUUCAAUGAAGAGGUCUUGAGGACGAUACAUGUUAUCUUUGCCAAUUUUCAUAAGCUUCAUGUUUCUGAAGCUACUACACUGUGCAUUCCUCAUUUGGUAGCAGCACUUAAGUCCGGCAGUGAGUCUGCUCAGGAUUCUGUACUGAUUACAUUGUGCUUGUUAAAACAGUCAUGGUCGUCUAUGCCAGUCGAUGUGUCCAAAUCUCAAGCUAUGGUUGCAGCCGAAGCGAUUCCCAUUCUGCAAAUGCUCAUGAAAACUUGCCCUCCGAAUUUUCAUGAAAGAAUAGAGAGCCUUUUGAGUUGUUUACCGGGUUGUUUGACGGUCACUAUUAAGCGAGCAAACAACUUAAAGCAAGCCGUAGGAGGCACAAAUGCUUUUUGUCGAUUGAAUAUUGGCAAUGGUCCUGCUCGGCAAACUAAGGUCGUGAACCACAGUACAUCUCCGGAAUGGAAAGAAGGCUUCACAUGGGCCUUUGAUGUGCCUCCAAAAGGGCAAAAGUUGCAUAUAUUGUGCAAAAGCAAAAGUACUUUUGGAAAGAGUACUCUUGGGAGGGUUACAAUUCAAAUCGACAAAGUUGUAACUGAAGGAAUAUACAGCGGUCUUUUCAGCCUUAGCCAAGACGGCAGUAAAGACGGUUCUUCCCGGACACUUGAAAUUGAGAUAACGUGGUCCAACCGGUCAGAUGAAAGUGUGUGAAAGGAAGGCAAGAUCAAGUUAUUAUGGCUAAAGGCACUAAAUUGGCACCGGUCGAGCACACCAGCUAGGCGAGGAACAGACAAAUGAUACAUUACAAUAUGGUAUGACACGGGGAGCGAGUUGCUCUCUCUAUGUGAAUAUCUCCAAGAAAUGUCCAGUUUUGUAGUUGCCAAUAAGCUGUCUUGAGUUGUAAAAUGUAUAACGAUGCCAAGAAUCCAACAGGGUUAGUAAAGUUUGGAAGAAAGGUUUCAAAUAGAAACUUAUUGUACAGGUAAGUCAAAAGUGUGUAGUAGCUAGCAAAAUAUUUGGAAAAAGUGCCUCUCUUUUAAUGGUAAAACGAGGUUGCACUUUGUUCUUGAAGUUAUAUACGUGGCAGCAUUCCUGUUAGUAAAAUAUAAAUGCAAAAUGGGCUGCAAAUGCAAGUAUUCAAAUUA